AUGGCUCUAUCAGACAAGCUCAAUCGCCGAGUGCGUGCUCGGCCAGAGGAUGAUGAUGAUGUAUCAGACGCAUCAGCCUCCGGCGACGAGAUCUCCGAAGCUGGCUCCGAAGCCGAAUCCAACGGCUCUGUUGAAUCAGAGCCAGAGGAAAUGAACUCAGAUGAAGAAGAAGACGACUCAGACUCAGAUGCAGAGUCCAGGGCGCCCUCCGAGCCCGAAAACGACGACUUCAAAUCCUCACUCGCAGAAAUCUCCUUUGGAGCACUCGCCAAGGCGCAAUCCUCCAUGAGUGACAAGAAGCGUAAAUCAAAACACAGCGAAUCAAGCGAACCCACCACAUCUACAUCAACGGUCGACGAGAUCCGCGCCAAGCUCCGUGAAGCGCGCGAAGCCAAAGAGCUCGCCGCUUCAAAAGUCAAAGAUCAAAAAGCUCGCACCUCAAAACACGCACCUAUGGAAAUGUCAAGCAAGCGCGCCGUGACACGGCGUCGAACAGCUGUCGAAUUACCGAAUGCUCCUAAAGCCCGGGACCCGCGCUUCGACGCAGCGGUUAUGGGACACAGCGGUGUAGGGAAGCAUGCGCAUGGCGGAAAGGCCUACGCUUUCCUGGACGAGUACCGGGCGUCAGAGCUUGCGGAGCUGAAGGCGCAGCUUGGCAAGACAAAGAAUUACGAGAUGAAGGAGAAGCUGAAGGCCCAGAUUCGCACCGCGCAGGAUAAGUUGCGGUCUGCGGCGAAUAAGAAGCGCGAGGAGGAGGUUCGGGCGGAGCAUAAGAGUCGCGAGAAGCAGCUUAUCAAGGAGGGGAAGAAGGCUACGCCGUACUACUUGAAGAAGUCUGAUCUGAAGAAGCAGGUUCUUGAGAAGAAGUACGGGGAGAUGGGCUCGAGGGAGCGUAGCAAGGCGCUUGAGCGUCGGAGGAAGAAGGUGGCUUCCAAGGAGAAGAAGGAGAUGCCUUGGGAGAGGAGAGGAGCUCAGGAUGAUGGUAUGCCUAAUGGGGGGAAGAGGAGGAGGUUGGAGUAA